GUUUUCAACUUACACGGAAACACCCCUAUAUAAUCAACACUCUCAAGUCUCAUCUUUCACGCACAAGCAAAUCUAGAAAAACCCACUUCAGAAAAUCAGCCAAAAUGAGUGCUUCAACAAAGGCUUGGUUUGUGGCGGCCAGUAUUGGAGCGGUGGAGGCGCUGAAGGAUCAAGUUGGAAUUUGCCGGUGGAAUUAUGGCAUAAGGUCGCUUCAGCAACAUGCCAAGAACAAUCUGAGGUCGUAUAGUCAGGCUAAAACAAACCCUUCUGCUUCUUCUUCUUCUUUUUCUUCUUCCAAGAGGAAUAUUUAUGAAGAGAUGGGAAAUGGGAAGGUGAAGAAAUGGGAAGCUUCGGUAAAUAAAGUUAUGGAAUUGAACUGUUGGAGUGCCAGCACUGUUAAAUUUUGAUGUAAUUAACGUUCAUAUUAUCAAAGUAGUCUGGGAAUUUAUGCUUGAUUAUGUUAUUUUUUGGGUUCUUUAUUUGGGUCUUAAAUUACUGUAAUCGGAUCGGAGCUUGCAAGAAAUUCUCAAAUUUUUGAGAAGGAAAAAGAUUUUGUGGAGCAAUUGCCUGUGAAUUCUAUCAAAGAUGGAAGUGCAUUUGGGAUAUUUCCGCCUAUAUUUUCUUACCUUUUUUCUAUUAUACCAAUUUAGCCAAUGACUUAAUUUAAUACCACUUUAGGCCAAUACCUUAAUUUAAUACACUUAAGAACCCUAGCCUCACUUUGUACUGUAUUCAUCCACAAUUGCAAUAAAAAAAAUCCCUUAAAAUCGAA